CAAAUGAGUUUUAGUUUCGUCGUGACAUCGCUAGAGUUAAGUCGGAUUUUAUGUUGCGCGCUGUCUCGCUGUUGAUUUCGAGAAUUUUUUUUCCGUUCGUUCGUUCGUUGCCGUGUAUUUUCGUUUGAAGGCAUAGCAAAGCGCGUGCUUUUGCGGCUGCUGGAGAAUUAGCGUGUGUGUUGACCGAACGACGACCGACUGGUGGCCGAGACCGAACCAGCCAGCGGAUGUGUCCGUGUAUGAUCGCGAAAUGCACGAAGGGUUGAGACUGGUGAAAUCGUGCGGUGGAUAAAGCAAGAGUAAUUACGGUCUGAUUGGAGUUACUCGGUUCCUUUUUUUUUAACUUGGGGAGCUGUUGAUUCGUGACAACAUCUAAAGAAGAGAAAAAAAACACGAAGCGGCGUAUGACAUCGUCGGAUGAUUGAUGGAUUUUUGUGUUUUGGGUGUUUCGGCGAUUGUAAGACAAAAUCGAGUAUGGAUUACGCCAAAUACGACUCCGAGUGAUUUCGAGUGAUAUCAGUUACGAAAGGUGCUGGGUGAUGAAAUAAUUUCGCAGUGAUUUGUGCCUAUCUUGAAACGCAGCGUUGGGGUAAAAGAGUGAUUAGUUGAUUACCGGAUGAGCAGCGCUACGAAGCAAAUAUUUGGUGUUCAUCGAGGUUCAAACGAGGAAAGCGAAGAGUAAUUUCAGCGUGGUGUUAUCAGCAUAUGGUGCAAACAUUGGAUCGCUGAAGCGCAGUUUGAGCUCAACUUCCUCGCCUACAGAGGUCUCCUUAUCAAGAUUUCAAGGGUCUGAAACCGCCAAAAGUGCGUGUGCGAAAGAUGAAGAAAAAAAGUGCUAAAUCGCAACCGUCUGCGUCCCAGUGAAAAGUGUGAAAAUAAAUAAGAAAGAGCAAGCGUCGCUCCCAAGUGUGAUAUCUUAACCGCUAAUCGUGCGUUAAAUCAUCUUCCCUUUCCCAAGCCUUUUGAAUAAAGGAAAAAUCUGUGAAAAAAGCCAAAAUCGAGCCAAAAAAAAUCAUGAUGAGCUCGACCAAAGUGUUGCUGCGGCUGGUGCCGACCCUGGCGGCGCUGAUCCUGGUCGCGGCCGGCGCCCACUGGGACCACGCCGUCGAUCUGGACGAGAACUAUCGGCUGCUGUGGAGUAUCAACAAUCAGGACAUCACCUUCGAGGUGCAGGCCCGGACCCUGGGCUACGUGGGCCUCGGCUUCUCGACCGAUGGAUCGAUCUACGGCGCCGACAUCGUGAUCGGUUGGGUCGAUAACGGGCAGGUCCACUUUCAGGAUCGCCACUUCAAGAUGAACAGCAACGGGGAACCGCACGUGGACCCCUCCCAGGACUACAUCCUGCUGCUGGGGUACGAGAAUGCCACCCACACGGUGUUGCGCUUCCGCCGGAAGCUGGAUACCUGCGAUAACAAUCAGGACGUCCCGAUUACGAACGACACCAUUCGCAUCAUCUACAUGUACCACAAUCGGGAUCCGAAGAACGGAGCUCAGGCCAUCGGAACUCUGCCGGAUCCGAACGAGGCCUUCAAAGAUUCGGUCCCGCUAUUUCUGACUCAGCGCGUCAACCAGGUCCCAAUCGAGCUGGAUUCCCGGACUCGGACCCUGGAGCUCCGCAACAAGGACGUCGAAAUACCGAUGGGCGACGACAAUCUGCGCUGGUGCAAGAUGUUCAAGCUGGACCAGUUCGUGCGGAAGCAUCACAUGAUACGGUACGAACCGGUCAUCGAAUCCCGCUCGAAUCUCCCGUUCAUGAAGCACAUCAUCCUGUACGAGUGCCAGGGUUCGACGCCGGAACUGGAAAUCAUGUCCCGGGAGCAUGGCCGCUCCUGUAUGAAAGCCGAGAAGGAACUGCUGACCUGCAACUCGAUUGUGGCCGCCUGGUCCCGCGGAUCUGAGGGUUUCACCUUCCCGCUGGAGGCCGGCUACCCGCUAGAUUCGUACCAGGCCCGUUUCUACAUGAUGGAAACGCACUACAUGGGAUUCCAGAGCAAUUCGAUCGAUAUGCGCCCCCGGAUGGACAACUCCGGGCUGCGGCUGUACUACUCGACGAUUCUGCGAAAACACGACGCCGGAGUCCUGUCGGUGGGGAUUCAGCCCAAUUGGAGGCACAUUAUUCCUCCGGGUCAGGAAAGGGUAAUUUCCGAGGGUCACUGUAUCGAGGAGUGUACUCAGCGGGCUUUCCCUCGGCCAGGAAUUAACAUUUUUGCUGUGAUGAUGCAAACAAGCCACAUGGGAAAGCAGGUUAGGCUGAGGCAGAUUCGUUAUCGGGAGGAGUUGCCUCCGAUUGCUCACGACUUGAACGCUGACGCCAACUAUCAGGAGUUCCGGAAGUUGCACAGUCCGGUUAAGGCACUUCCGGGAGAUCGAUUGAUUGCCGAGUGUACAUAUGAUAGUACCUCGAGGAAAACGAUUGCUCUCGGGGGAUACACUUCCCGGGAUGAAACCUGUUUGGUACUAAGUCUUUACUAUCCGCGUCAGAAAGAGCUGACCUCCUGCCACUCGAUCCCUAGUCUGCCGACGGUGCUCCAUGCCGUCGGAAUCAACGAGCUGGCCGCAGGAGCCAAUCCCAUUCGGAUCGCUUCUCCGCCGGAAAUCGCCGGCAUGACCCUGGAGGAACGCCUUCUUUCCUACGAUUGGAGGGUCAACUUCAACGCCUUCCAGUACGUGAUACGGAAGGGUGCCUUCAAGCCACUUUGCUGGAGCGCCCGGAACACACCCAUUCCGGGCACCGACAACAUGGACGCCUACGCGCCAAACCUAACCCGGAUCUGGCGCCCCACGCCAACCUGUGGCGCCUCAGUGACCACCGUUUCGAACAGUCUGGGGGCCAACAGCGUCAACCGAUUCGUAACGGAACGGGAAACCAGUGCCCAUCUUCCGGGCUGGACCCUGCUAGGUCCCGGGGACGAUGAGGACGAAAGCAACAACGUCAUCGAGGGUGCCGCCCGAAGCAAAUCGAUCCGCAGCUCCUCCGGGAUGGGUUCCCUGAUGGCCGCGUCCGGAGCCAUCGUGUCCCGAGUGGCCCUCUUCGUCAUCUUCAUCAACACGGUCCGGAUAGGGCAGGCCCUGGUGCUGUGGUGAGAUUCCUCCUUCAGCAGAAGACACCAUUCGAGUUAGCAAUCCGAACCCUGCUCCUGCUCUCGGGGUCGUAGUGAUAUUCUAUACAAAUAUGUAACUAUAAAGAAAGAAUAAUUUUAGAAAAACCGAAAGAGAGAAAACGCGUUGACAAAAUCGAAACACACAAUCCACAGUGAGUGUAGAAACUCGUGAAACCUGCCCAUAGAGGAGAGACCAUAGAAAAUAUAAGACUGUUUCCGACCGAGGUGGCCGACAUUAGUCCAAAGCCAGGUAGGGACCAAACUUAACCGAAGGUGAAUCCACAAUCGUGAAAGUAGAAGUCGGGGAAGGCAAACACACAUAUUUUUGUACAGUUUUUAAACCGUUUGCUGCGCAUUGAUUGAAGGAAAGGAGAAUCAGAUGGAAGAUAGAGACGAAAAAAUCAAUCACGCAGGUAGUCUUUUUUUGGUGUUCGGUUUUCUACGAAGCCGCUAGUCAUUUGAACAGAUUCUGUUGCAUAGUAUUUAAAUGUGGAGAAAAAAAUCGGAGAAAAGAAGGAUCCGAGAGUAAGAUUUUUGUAAAAAUAGAUAUAACGUGAAGAAAUAUUUAAAAACAAAACAAAGAGAAUAAAUAUGGUAUUAGAGAAGCGGAAGGUGUAGAAAAGGCGAAAGAAGCGCGUUUUUAGGUUUCCUCAGUUCGAGAUACAUUGAGCCAGUUGUUGAAAUUGUAAAUUUUUAAUUGUAUAUAUUCGAUACACACCUUAGAAAAUGCAAUUCAAUGUAUUAUUUUCUGUACAGACAAAUAGGACUAAUAAUAAAUUGAUAAAAUGGUUGAAAAUUAA